UCGCGAGAGCCGCACAGCACCGGAAGACUCAAAGGCGGAAGUGGGACGCCGGAAGCGGCUGUUGCCAUGGAUCCUGAGGAUGACUGGCUGGUGGAAUCCUUGCGCUUAUACCAGGAUUUCUAUGCAUUCGACCUCUCAGGAGCCACUCGAGUCCUUGAAUGGAUUGAUGACAAAGGAGUCUUUGUUGCGGGCUAUGAAAGCCUGAAAAAGAAUGAAAUUCUUCAUCUGAAAUUACCUCUCAGACUUUCUGUAAAGGAAAACCAGGGCUUAUUCCCAGAAAGAGAUUUCAGAGUGCGCCAUGGAGGAUUUUCAGACAGGUCUAUCUUUGAUCUGAAGCACGUCCCACAUACCAGAUUGCUGGUGACCAGUGGCCUUCCAGGUUGUUAUCUACAGGUGUGGCAGGUUGCAGAGGACAAUGAUGUCAUUAAAGCUGUCAACACCAUUGCUGUGCGUGAGAAAGAAGAGAGUCUCUGGCCUAGGGUGGCUGUCUUCUCCUCCAUGGCACCUGGAGUCCUCCACGGGGCGAGGCUCCGCAGUCUACAGGUCACGGAUCUGGAGUCUGAGAAAACCACGUACACCACAGAUGUCAGUGACAGUGAGGAGCUGAGUAGCCUGCAGGUCCUAGAUGCAGGCACCUUUGCCUUCUGCUGUGCUUCGGGCCGGCUAGGGCUUGUUGACACCCGCCGGAAGUGGGCACCGUUGGAGAAUCGCAGCACUGGGCCUGGUUCUGGAGAGAGAUGGUGUGCCGAAGUUGGGAACAAGGACCAGGGCCCUGGGCCCAGCAUUGCCAGCCUUGGCUCGGAUGGGCGGCUCUGUCUACUUGACCCCCGGAAUCUCUGCCAUCCUGUGAGCUCAGUCCAGUGCCCGGUAUCCAUACCCAGCCCUGACCCAGAGCUGCUGCGAGUGACUUGGGCCCCAGGACUUAAGAACUGCUUGGCCAUCUCAGGUUUUGAUGGCACAGUCCAGGUCUAUGACACCACAUCUUGGGAUGGAACAGGGAGCCAAGUAGAACCUCUCUUUACUCACAGAGGUCACAUCUUCCUAGAAAGAGGCAGGAUGGACCCUGCUCCUCUGGUCACCACCCACACCUGGCACCCGUGCAGACCAAGGACUUUGUUAUCAGCAACAAAUGAUGCUUCUCUGCAUGUCUGGGACUGGGUGGACCUUCGUACCUCUUGCUGACACCAGCAUCUUUCCAUCCAGGCCUCUAGAAAGGGGAGGAGCUGCUGUAGUAGCACCACUACUGAUGGAGGACUCAAGUGACCGCCAGUCCCUGUUACCAGCUGUGUGGCCUUGGGCAAGUCAACCAGCAUCGUUUAGCCUCAGUUUUCUUAGCUGCAAAAUGAGGACAGUAAGAACCACCUUGCAGUGUUAUUGUGAAGGUUGGAAGAAAGGCAUGGCAUAAUAAAUUCUUAUUUGGUAGCUACUGUUAGUUCUGGGAGUAUAAAAUGGCAGUGUUUGUCCCUGUCUUCUUCACAGUAUCAUAGGGAGAAUCAGAAGAGCUAACAAAUAUAAACAUUCUUUGUGAA